AUGGUGCGGGCACUUCUUUUGCUGCUGAGCAUCCUGGUGCUCGCUGCCGCGGCCACCGCACACGAGCUUCACCUGCCGGGCGACAUCUACGACCACGCCGCGGGUGAGUGGAGUGUGGAGAUGGUUUCGUCGUGCCGGUCGCCGUUAUUAGGGACUGUCACGUUUCAGAAUACCACCGCCGUCGUCGAAUGGAAAGAGGCAGGAGCGCCCGAAGUGAAAAUCAGUGGGCGGCCGUCCACGUCGUUGCUGAGCGUAGCAGCGCUCUCUGACUUUUUGACGAAGGACAGCCAUGUGCUCUCUUACACUGUGUGCGAGCGCCAGGAGAACUAUCUUGCCACCCCACAGCGGCCGCUCCAGGUGGCUGGAAUGACCACCACCUACAUCAAGGCGUACUCAGGCGUGCUGAGCAGCUCAUCCGAUGGGAGCACCUGUGACGGCACAAGCGAGCGCACUAUUGCCAUUCAAGCUUUGGGGACGCCAUUCGCGCCGAGCAAAGGAAAGGAGUGGCGAAUGCAGGAGGCCCUGUACGCAAUUGAUAUUAUUCUCGAUACGAGAAACGUAGAGGGAACAUGCGCGUCCAAGCGGGGCGCUGGCGCAUCGGAGGCCGUGCCGGGGAACGAUAAGCGCUCCCGGAAGCGCCGUGCGCACCGAACGUUGAACUCAGGCAUGGCCGUCUCUAUGGCCGACGCGAUGACGACUGAAAACGGCAUCGUGACGCUGCGCUUCAUUCGCCGCUCGGCAGCUCAUCAGCCGUGGUUCAUACGCUACUACACCCCCAUUGUAUUUGCGACCAUCUUCAUCAUGUAUCGCCUGGCGCAUUCCUUCUCUUACGCUCGGGCCGCGAAGUCCUCACCACGUUCAGAGAGCAGUGGCGGCGAAAAGGCUGGCGACGCUGGGCGCAUCGCUCCGAGCAGCUGUAACUCUAACUCUAUCGACACGUAA